ACAAGGUCAAUGAGGACGACGUGGACGAUGAAAGUAUUGAUGCUUUUGGAUUCAGACGGGGCAGAUUUGUGGUAGGUUAACUGUCCAAUAAUACAGGCUAUGCGCAUGAGGAUAACUCUGGCUCUGAUUAAAUAGACAAACGAUGAAUACGAGGUUGACUGUGCGAUAUCUCCAGCCUUGAUGGACAGGAUUACUGAGCAUACCGAAACCCGUCGGGCACUUCAGGAAGGCCAAUACACACCUACGAGGUCAGAUUCACCAAUCAGAACGCGACGUCGCCGAGAUAUAGUGCGAAUUCCACCUACAGUGUCCCGUUAUUAUGAAACCAGAAAUUCCUCGGCUUCAUCCUCAUCGGAUGAUGAGUGGCUCACCUCACGUAGAAGAGGAGUCAUCUCUAAUGUGGUUGACACCGGAAGCCCAAACAGACGACGACGGCCCUUAAUUAGAAGCGAUAGGCCCAAUCGUAUACUUUGGAGAAGAGAGCGAUAUCCGUCUUACUUACCUCGCGACUGUUGCAGUUGGCCAGGAUGUUAUAGCAAAUAUAAGCAGCCGCUCUGCAGGGAUGCGUUGAAUGACCUUUUCUGGAACUCAUCGAAAGCGACACAAACCUCGUCGCCUGAACUGGCGGAUGACGAUGUCCAGGGUAUGGUGACCUGUUUUGCACAAUGCGGUUGAGCUUGGGCGCCUGUUGAGCCAGACAUGUACAUAUUGCUAACUGGAAAUGCAGCUUAUUUAUCCUGGCCAGUCUACGUGAGUGCGAUGACGGACCGCCACGGACUGUCUCAAGUCCAAGAUACUGAGGACACCUUUGGACUGUACCGAGAGUCUACCAAGGGCACAGCUCCCAAGAGAGAACCCAGCGGGGAUGCUGAUACUGUGGAUAUUGACGAUUCUCCUGCGUCCUAUGUUUAUAGAAGCUUGAGCGAGCGUCGCGAAUAUAGUAACCAGG